CAGGGACCCCCGGGCGCGCCAAGAAGAGCCCUCUCCGUCUCCAAGCAAGCCCGCUCCGAUCGCCUUCCCCGGAUCCUUGGCCAUGGCUAAAGAGUAGAUUGCGGAGGACGGAUCUUGGCAGCCGAGCGCCGCGCCCAGUGUGCCCAGAUCCCAGGCGAUCGCGCCCUCCCUUCCCCAAAAUACCGGACUCCCCCCCUUCCCCUCUUUCCAGACGCACCGGCGGCGGCGGCACGGCUUGGCCCUCUUGGGGAGGGAUGGUUCUGCCUCUCCCAGCUCCUGGAGGCGGGCUGGGGCUCCUCCUGCGCGGCCCCGUCGUCGAAGCGUCUGCCAGGCUCGGGUGCUCGAGACCGCGAUGAGGACCUGGGCAGGAUUUUGGCUCAUAGGCGUUUGCUCCUUGGCUUUCGUGGCGGCGGAGGAAGCCGAAAUCCCUCAAGAGGUGAUCGAAAGACUGGCUCACAGUGAAAUCCACAGCAUUCGGGACCUCCAGCGCCUCCUGGAGAUUGACUCCGUAGGCUACGACGAUGCCUCCGAGACAAACUUGAUAUCUCACAGCGUCCACUCCUCAAAACACGCGCAAGAAAAUCGGCCCAGACCCGUUCGCAGGAAAAGAAGCGUUGAGGAGGCCAUUCCUGCAGUCUGCAAAACACGGACCGUGAUCUACGAGAUCCCUCGGAGCCAGAUUGAUCCGACGUCCGCAAACUUCCUGAUAUGGCCGCCCUGCGUGGAAGUGAAACGUUGCACGGGGUGUUGCAACACCAGCAGCGUGAAAUGUCAGCCGUCACGAAUACACCACAGAAACGUCAAGGUGGCAAAAGUGGAAUAUGUUAGAAAAAAGCCAAAAUUAAAAGAAGUCCUUGUAAAGCUAGAAGAGCACAUGGAAUGCACCUGUACAUCGUCAAAUUCCAAUUCAGAUUUUCGUGAAGAAGAAACUGAUGUAAGGUGAAAAUAAGCUACGAAAUAAUUUCUCUCUGGGACAUGGAUGUACAUUGUUUGUUACAUUCCUGAACCUACUGUGUAUGGUGCUUUAUUGACUGUAUACUUCAUUCAUUCUCCUACGUGGGGGGGAAAAAAGAAACUGGCGUAAAGAGAAAGAGAGAGAGAGAGAGACUUCACGAGAACAAAAGAGACUGUGUACAUUUGUUUAAUACAACAUCAAAGCAAGUAUUGUAGCACUCUUAUGAAACAAUAUGACACUUCCCUGCCCGAAAACAAGAAACGAGAAAAGAUGACAUGAAUGGAGGAUACCCAAAGUACUUUUGCAACAACAACAACACGAAAAAGCCGCGACCACAACACUAAGUUAAGUGCAGAUUUCCUCUUAGAAAAGCAGUCAAUGGUGCUUUCUUUCUGGCGGUGGUCAUCAAGAGCUGUGGCUGCGUUCUUGAUGAACAGGGGACGGACGCUGACGGAGAGACCCUUGACGGAGGUUUUAGGCACAUGUUAAAACCACGCGCAAGAGAAAGAGAGAGGGAGAGAGCAGGGAUGUAUCAAAUACCACCACAAGGACAAUCCGGACUCUGCUGUUUUGGCUUGGUGGUGUUUUAAAAAUCUAUACAAAGGAGAAAAAGGAAAAGAAAAGAGAGAGAGA